AAAAAGAGGAACUUUUUCAUGCUUCAGUUGCCUUGACAAUGUCAGUCCUAGCUGGUAGGAGAGACUAAAACUCCUCUGAGCAACUGAAGUUUCCUUAUUCAGUUGAAGAUUGCUAUGGUGUAACAGAAGUUGAUUUUGCUUUUCCCCUUAAUCCACUUUCCACCCUACCCACUCCCCCCUUUUCUCUUAAGAACAUAGUGUAGAUUUGUUAGAAAUAGUAGUACCUUCUUUCCCCACCCCAAAUCGCUACCUGUUUCUUCCUUGUUUGGACUCUCUGCUCCUCUAGAAGAUUUCACAGCAAUGCUGGACUGCAGUGACUAUGUUCUAGACUCAAGAAUGAACAAUCCGUCAGAAACCAGUAAACCAUCUAUGGAGAGUGGAGAUGGCAACACAGGCACACAAACCAAUGGUCUGGACUUUCAGAAGCAGCCUGUGCCUGUAGGAGGAGCGAUCUCAACAGCCCAGGCGCAGGCUUUCCUUGGACAUCUCCAUCAGGUCCAACUCGCUGGAACAAGUUUACAGGCUGCUGCUCAGUCUUUAAAUGUACAGUCUAAAUCUAAUGAAGAAUCGGGGGAUUCACAGCAGCCAAGCCAGCCUUCCCAGCAGCCUUCAGUGCAGGCAGCCAUUCCCCAAACCCAGCUUAUGCUAGCUGGAGGACAGAUAACUGGGCUUACUUUGACGCCCGCCCAGCAACAGUUACUACUCCAGCAGGCACAGGCACAGGCACAGCUGCUGGCCGCUGCAGUACAGCAGCACUCUGCCAGCCAGCAGCAUAGCGCUGCUGGGGCCACCAUCUCCGCCUCUGCUGCCACACCCAUGACGCAGAUCCCCCUGUCUCAGCCCAUACAGAUCGCACAGGAUCUUCAACAACUGCAACAGCUUCAACAGCAGAAUCUCAACCUGCAACAGUUUGUGUUGGUGCAUCCAACCACCAAUUUGCAGCCAGCGCAGUUUAUCAUCUCACAGACGCCCCAGGGCCAGCAGGGUCUCCUGCAAGCGCAAAAUCUUCUAACGCAACUACCUCAGCAAAGCCAAGCCAACCUCCUACAGUCGCAGCCAAGCAUCACCCUCACCUCCCAGCCAGCAACCCCAACACGCACAAUAGCAGCAACCCCAAUUCAGACACUUCCACAGAGCCAGUCAACACCAAAGCGAAUUGAUACUCCCAGCUUGGAGGAGCCCAGUGACCUUGAGGAGCUUGAGCAGUUUGCCAAGACCUUCAAACAAAGACGAAUCAAACUUGGAUUCACUCAGGGUGAUGUUGGGCUUGCUAUGGGGAAACUAUAUGGAAAUGACUUCAGCCAAACUACCAUCUCUCGCUUUGAAGCCUUGAACCUCAGCUUUAAGAACAUGUGCAAGUUGAAGCCACUUUUAGAGAAGUGGCUAAAUGAUGCAGAGAACCUCUCAUCUGAUUCGUCCCUCUCCAGCCCAAGUGCCCUGAAUUCUCCAGGAAUUGAGGGCUUGAGCCGUAGGAGGAAGAAACGCACCAGCAUAGAGACCAACAUCCGUGUGGCCUUAGAGAAGAGUUUCUUGGAGAAUCAAAAGCCUACCUCGGAAGAGAUCACUAUGAUUGCUGAUCAGCUCAACAUGGAAAAAGAGGUGAUUCGUGUUUGGUUCUGUAACCGCCGCCAGAAAGAAAAAAGAAUCAACCCACCAAGCAGUGGUGGGACCAGCAGCUCACCUAUCAAAGCAAUUUUCCCCAGCCCGACUUCACUGGUGGCGACCACACCAAGCCUUGUGACUAGCAGUGCAGCAACUACCCUCACAGUCAGCCCUGUCCUCCCUCUGACCAGUGCUGGUGUGACGAAUCUUUCAGUUACAGGCACUUCAGACACCACCUCCAACAAUACGGCAACCGUGAUUUCCACAGCACCUCCGGCUUCCUCAGCAGUCACAUCCCCCUCUCUGAGUCCCUCCCCUUCUGCCUCGGCCUCCACCUCCGAGGCAUCUAGUGCCAGUGAGACCAGCACAACACAGACCACCUCCACUCCUUUGUCCUCCCCUCUUGGGACCAGCCAAGUGAUGGUGACAGCAUCAGGUUUGCAAACAGCAGCAGCUGCUGCCCUUCAAGGAGCUGCACAAUUGCCAGCAAAUGCUAGUCUUGCUGCCAUGGCAGCUGCUGCAGGACUAAACCCAGGCCUGAUGGCACCCUCACAGUUUGCGGCUGGAGGUGCCUUACUCAGUCUGAAUCCAGGGACCCUGAGCGGUGCUCUCAGCCCAGCUCUAAUGAGCAACAGUACACUGGCAACUAUUCAAGCUCUUGCUUCUGGUGGCUCUCUUCCAAUAACAUCGCUCGAUGCAACUGGGAACCUGGUAUUUGCCAAUGCAGGAGGAGCCCCCAACAUUGUGACUGCCCCUCUGUUCCUGAACCCUCAGAACCUCUCUCUGCUCACCAGCAACCCUGUUAGCUUGGUCUCUGCUGCCGCAGCCUCUGCAGGGAACUCUGCACCUGUAGCCAGCCUUCACGCCACCUCCACCUCCGCUGAGUCCAUCCAGAACUCUCUCUUCACAGUGGCUUCUGCCAGCGGGGCUGCAUCAACCACCACCACCGCCUCCAAGGCACAGUGAGCUGGGUGGAGCUGGGCUGCCAGAAGCCUUUUUCACUCUGCAGUGUGAUUGGACUGCCAGCCAGGUUAAUAAACUGAAAAAUGUGAUUGGCUUCCUCUCACCGUGUUGUGAGGGCAAAGGAGAGAAGGGAGAAAAAUAAAACACAUACCAGAAAAAAAAGAAAGGAUGGAGAUGGGACAUUUGCCUAAUUUUGUAAUAAAACACUGUCUUUUCAGGAUUGCUUCAUGGAUUGGAGAACUUUCUAACCAAAAAUUAAAAAAAAAAAAAAAAAGAAACAAAAAAUCAAAAACAAACAAAAAUAAGUGAAAGGACUACUUAUCAUUUCCAGCAGUCAUGAUGACAAGUUAAGGUGAGUUACCAAUUCCAGUAUAGGAAGGGGAUUUCUUGUUUGUCUAAAUUUCUUUUUUUCUUAAAAAAAAAUCAUUUUUAUGGGUCUGUUGUACAGGCCAUUAAGUCAUAACAAGGUGUUUAUAAUCGUAUCAAUUGUGUUGGGGGUUCCUUUCUUAACUGGUACAAUUUAGGCAGGCCUGUAUUACUGUAUCUCUAUUAUUGUUGUUGUUAUUGUUUCAUAUAUAUAUAUAUAUAUGUAUAUGUAUGUAUGUGUAUAUAUAUAUAUAUAUAUAUAUAUAUAUAGUUUGGACAUGUUUAUUAUCUCUCGCUCCUGGAUCCUAUUUCAGUGAGCUCCCACACUGUGGGGAGGGAGGGUUUUAGGGUAAGGGGAGACUUCUGUUCUUAACUUCGGGGAAUGUUCUUGCUGGUUUCCUUAUCCUUGAUGACUCUUACAGAGGUGCUAGAAAAUUAUUUUCUUUUGCCACUUAUGCAAGAGGCUUGGUGCAGAAGCUGAAGGCAGUGUGUGCAAACACUCCCAUUCCACACACGCCCCUUCCCCUCCCCACAUCAGGUGGUGCCUUUGGAGCACUUUUGUGUAGGAAGAAAUUCCUGCUGAACUGUAGCUCUCACUCACCCCCAAAUCAUUGAAUGACCCUGAGGCCCAGAUCCUGUGGUGCAACAGUGCUGCUUUCUGCUACUUUCAAUGGGAACAGCUGUACAUGUUGCAGGGCAGGAUUUGGUUCCGAAGAGCAAAGACUACUGCAGACACCUGACUUGGUGGUUCUCCUGAUUUCUUAUCUCCUGAAAAAAUGCUCCUACUGUUGGUGUGUUUGUUUGUUUGUUCCAUUUUGUGGAAGUUUUUAUCCAAACUUUCUUUAACUUGGCCAAGACAAAAACUGAUUUAUUGAAAUUGGGAAACUUUUCCCUUCUUUUAUUUUCUAAAGGAAUUCAACUAAACUUAUUUUCCAUCAAUAAUAUAUACAAAAGAGGUGUGAUGAGAAGAGUCAAAAGUUACCACUUUUUCCUCUAGAGAGCCACAGACUUCCUUUCCACUGGAUGGCUUAUAAAUUCCUCUAACCCUAAGAUUCCUCUUGGUUCUCUAACUAAAGGAGGCACUUACUAGCCAGGCUGGGAUCUGUAGAACCUUUGAAGAAGGACUUUGAGCAGGAACUUUGCACACACCUUAAGUGUCUCCUUGGUUUGUUCGUGAUGCUCCUGCUAGGUAGGGCUAAAUGGCAAUACACAUCUCUUUAUUCAAAGUAGAAAGUGAUUAGCUCCUGUAAUUACUUUCAGGGUAUUUCUAGACUAUAUAAAUGAGCCCAUUGAAAAGGAAGAGCUUGUGAAAGUGGAUAAAGAGGAAUAAGGGUAACUUAGGGAUUAAAUUCCCCUCUUUGUCAGUGUACUGUUAUUAUGCCAUCUGUACCAAAAAAAAAAAAAAAUUCCAAAAGACUGGAUCACUGCCGUGCAGUUCAUCUAAGUUCCCCUUCUUAUUGGAGAUAAAGGUUCCCAUUUGGUGUCUGGGGGGCUUGCUUAAAUCUCUGGUGGUCCCAAGACUGCACUUUUUCUCCCUUUCAAGCUGGGGAUGUAGAGAGAACUUACAGGUGAUUUUUGUUCUGAUGGCUUUGUUUGUGUUUACAGGGGAGCUUGGAUUCUGUGUAUUUGUCUCUCUUUACCAUUGUCCAGAAAGGCAGUAAAUACAGACACAAUGUGUACUUGGUGUGUGAUUCAAGUGGGAGACAUUCUGUUAAAAGGUCAGAAACAUUUUAGUCCCCUUUAAAUUUUUUUUAGUAUUUUUUCUAUCUUGUUUUAUUUCACAAAGUAUUUAAUUACCACCCCUAAAUUUCCUCCUGUUACCCUUCACCUUCCCUAAAAUCCUUCCAAAAUCAGUGAACUGCAAGCAGGGAAACUAACAAAUAUCCAUUCACCCUUUUGUGUUGUGUGUUUUUUAUGUUUUAUUUUGUUUUUUAACUAAGCUUGAACCAAAGUCAAUUUUUAGCAAGCUGCUGUACUAAUGGACUAGUUUAUAACGUGCAGUUCAGACACAUCGAGGAGAUAGAUGCUACUGACAAUUUCUUUUUCAUUUGUCUUUGUUAAUUUUAUAUAAAAGUUGCUGCUUGUUUUUAAUCUUUUAUGUUGGUAAAUUGUAAUAUCCUCUGGGCAGACAUUAACACUUGAUGUUUAGUUUAUUAGGUUGGUGUGUAAAUAGAAUGACAAUGUCAGUUACUAAUUUCUCUCCUCUCCCUCUCCAUGUAGUUUUUCUCUGUUGUAGUUAAAUUUAAUCUUCUAUCCUGACUUGACAUUUAGUCUGUGCAAAUGAUUUGAGGGCUAUCAGCAAUGCUGUAGCUGCCCAUAGUAAUGAGUCCCUCCCUUGGGAGUGGUGAAACUUAGAAGGAUUCAGGGAGGGAAUUGCUGAUACCCACUAUACUGGAUUAGAAGUUAUAGCAUUAAUUUCUCAAAAUUGCUACCAAAGGAAGUGUGGAGUCCCAAGGGACUCAAGCUCAGUGAGUUAAGAGAAAGGGCAAGGAAAGGCUAUUUGGGUUUUUUCCCCCACAUAUAGUUUAGAAAAUGAUCUCUUCCCCAAACAAAAUUCACCAACAGACUUCAAUAUUAGAAAAGAUACCAAGUUUUAAAUGUCAAUACAAUGGUCUUUUAUUCCCUGCCUUGUCUGUAUUUUCUACUCAAUUUGGGAUUAGGGGAUUCUGCUUUUUUUAUGUGAAGCACUUGAUGAUGGUAGACCAGCGUAAAAGAUCUGUUUAAAAGGAGAAAUAAUCUUUAGGCAAAGAGAAAUCUUUAGAUAAAAGUAAAAUUUUAUCUCUUUUACUUAUUUAAAAAUAAGUGAAAUGAAAGGUACAUUUACACAUGUACACAUGCAACACUAAUAUAUAUAGGUUUUUGGUUGGUGUUUAGUUUAAAAUCAACUCCCUGUCCACCAUCCCUAGAUAUUCUACUGAUCAUAUUGCUUCAUGAACACCUUAGUCAUUUUUCACUUCGUGUUUUCUUUUUUAUUUUUUUUAAUCAUGUCAAGAAAUGCAUUUGGAAUUGAAUGAACUAUCUUCUAGGCUAAGGUACUCAAACUGAACUUUUGGCCAUCCUUCACAGGAGAGCCUGGAAACUAAAGGGGGCCAGGGGCCAUUUGACCAAAAAGAGGUGUUUGGUGGAGUAUCUGCAUUUCAAAGAAGAAAGCCAGAUAGGUCAUCACAAUUCAUUGUAUCAUUCUGAUUUUUUUCCCUUUAAUGUUUAUGCAAAUUUUAUUUUAUAUUUCUGAAUUUGGUUAGCACAUACUAAGCCAAAGACUAAUUCUAAAUGCAUUUAUAGUGAAUACUAUAUAUGCCCAUGGUAAUGGGUCCUCUCUAAGGAGUGGUGAAUGUAAUUGUGUGAAUCCUGCUUAUCACAAGUGGUGCAAUUUGGUCAUAAACUUUAUUUAUAUCCUGUAUACAUCUGAAGAACAGAGCAGAAAGACCUAAAAAAGGGCUUCUCAUAGGAACAAUAUUAGUAUAUUGUUCUAAGGAAUAAGUUGAGUGCUGUAUUAGUUUCAGUGUUUCUGAAGUUCUAGGCAGCAUUUUAAAAUUAAGAAAAACAUUGUGUAUAUCCAUUAACUGAUAAAAUAUACACAUCCUUUCAUUUGUUAUCAGAAACAUGAGUACUAUUCCAAUUUAUUCAGCUUGUUACUCGAGAAAUGGAACCAAAGGAAUGCAACUUUGAUCUUGUAUAGAACUAUACCUAUUUAUACUUCAUGCUAGCAUUAUAAGAAAUCAAUCUUUUUUGUUUUAAAAAAGGGAAGAUAAAAUUAAAGAUUCUUAGUGAGAUUAUCUUGCCAAUUUGUUUUACAUCUCUCAUUCAUUGUUGGGGAAAAAAGCACAACUAUACCUCUUUAAUGUUACUUUCUUCCAUUAUCCCUCAUUUAUUUGGAAAGAUAAGGGAAACCUUGUCUGUAUUAUCCAGAAGCACAGAUGUUUGCUUAACACAAUAUUUAAAUUCAGCCCAAUCUUUAACAUUAAACAGUUUCCUUUUUCACUUGCUGGGAAAGUUGGAUACAUUGGCAAGUAUAGGGAAUUCAUGUCAAUUUUUAUUUUAUUUAUUUAUUUAUUUAUUUUUCGAGACGGAGUCUCACUCUGUUUCCCAGGCUGGAGUGCAAUGGCACAAUCUCAGCUCACUGCAGCCUCCACCUCCUGGGUUCAAGCGAUUCUCCUACCUCAGCCUCCCGAGUAGCUGAGAUUACAGGUGGCCACCACCGUGCCCAGCUAAUUUUUGUAUUUUUACUAGAGACGGGUUUCACCAUGUUGGCCAGGCUGAUUUUAAACUCCUGACCUCAGGUGAUCCACGGGCCUUGGCCUCCCAAAGUGCUGGGGUUACAGGUGUGAGCCACCGCCCUGUCCUCAUGUCAAUUUUUUAAGUGAUAAAUCCUGGUAUUAUACAUUGCAAUUAGUGUAGAAUAAAUGGUUGGCUUACAGAGCUCUCUGUCCGUAGUCUAAAGCUGUUCCCAAACCAGGUCAUCCUCACGAAACAUUUUUGACCAAGAAGAAAGAUAAGGUCAUUGAGAUAGAAAGACAGAGAAACCUCUUGCUUUUGUUUCUUCCCAAGAAGGGAAAAGCCCUGCCAGGGAGAAGUCAGUAGUAUCACUGACUUACCCUAUCACUGAGUGUAGGGUGUGGUAGCAAGGAGGAGGCAGGGACGUUGUGCUGACCGCUGGCUCUGGCCUGGUUCUUGGGAAGCCUUCCAAAGACCAGUCUGCAGUUUGAGGAAGGGCCCCCAACAAUUCAUUUGGAGAACUUGGCCAAGUGUUUUCUCAUUAAAUCAGCAUCUCAACUUGAUGAAUUUAAGGUUUUUUAUUCUUCAAAUCCUGUUUAUUAGAGUUGAAAACAUUAAAAGAUGACUAAUACUAAUGGAAAAAAAUACUAAAGACCCAAAAUUUAAAAUUUUCCAAAAUAGACAAGACAAUGGGUUAAUUCGCUCGUAAUGGAUAUGAGUUCACGUUUAUGUGAGUGUGUGUGAAAAGCAUUUAAUGUGUGAUGCUGUUCAUAGCCCUGGCUGUUGGACUCAUUUUCAGUUUUCUAGCAUUUUGAGAAUGACACUUUAUAAAAUGGUAAAUCUUUCUUAGCAUUUACCUUCACUUUUGAGAAGGGAAAAAAAUCCUUCUUUGCUGUUUCUGUAAGAAGAAUAACUAAGAUCAGCUAUAGGUUUGCAUGGAUGGUGUACACAAUACAAAUGUAAUCUUCGACAGGAAUAGGAUAAAUUGCCUUCAUCAUAAAGGCUAAUCAUCUAUUUCUUCAUUCAAAGACAUUAAAUAGGACACCCCUGAGAUUUCCAGUAAGGUAUUUUAAAGGAUCCCACUGGGUGGGAGGGCAGGGAAUAUGUUUUUUCUCAGAAUUGUCCAGUUUGUACCCAGUUUUCUAUAUGGUUUUUGAACUGUAGCUUUUUAAAUUUUUUUUGUAGUUUCUUCUAACUCUCCUUAUUCUUUAAGUAGUUUCUUGUUUUGGCCCUUCUACUCUUGGCCUUUGCUAAAACCAGUAAACGUGAGUGAAUUUUGUGUUGGUUAUGUAAUCUGGAUCUCCUUUCCUUCCCUUCUUUCUCUUGUUGAAUGGUGGUACCUUAAUUUGGGUAACAGCUAGCUUCUGGCACCUUCAUAAAAUACCUCAGAAUAGCUUAGCAUUGUUGCAAAACUGGUUUUAAACUAAAAACCAAAUAAAAGAAAAAACUUUAUAAAUAGUGGAAGUAAUUCUAGCUGUAGCAUUUAGUUGAACUAAUGUUUAUUACAAUUGAUAAACAUGAUUGAUGCUGUAUGUAUUUGGGAUCCUGUUUAUAGGUUACAAUUUAUAGGGUUAGGGAGGGUUGGGUGGGGGAAGAGGAGAAGUUGAUUAUGUUAGAAGGAAAAUGUUGCUCGUGUGUGUGUUUGUUUUUUCUUAUAUCUGUCUUGCCAAAGGAAACUUGAUUUUCCCUGUGAUUGGCUUUGGCCUCUCUGUGGUCUGAUCUGCAGCAGUGUGUGGUGGCAUGCAGGUAACAUAUGGGAUAUCCAGUAGGUUCAGGGAACCUGAGGGUGCAUUUACAUCCCUUCCUGUGGUUGCCCAUGCCCCCUAGACCCUGCCAACCUCUCCUAAUGAUUUGUUACCUCUGUACAUAGCAAAAGCAUAGGCAAAGGAUGAAUGUGUGAAUGCCUGGAUACGCAGUUGAGAAAUAGAGGCAGAAAUAGACAUGCACCAAUUAAAUUUGGAGCAAAGAGGUGAGUGAUUAAUGUGUCUUAAAUCUAGGCAAGUUAAAGUGAAACAGGUUCUUUGUGUUACCGGUACUCUGUCAGGUUAUUGAAUGUUGUGCUAGUAACACAACAUUUUAAAACCUUACUUACUUUUCUCGUACCAAGGCUAGUUCUGUGUAGACCAAAAACACAAACAGGAAAAAAGCAAACCAAGAAGUUGAAAGCUAACCUGCCCACCUCACCCCUGUGAUACAAAGUGUGACCCUCAAGGAUUGCUUAGUGGGAUUGAGGAGAGAAUUAUUCUUGGUGGAGACAUGAAUGAGAAAUGAUGCUGGCUUAGGAAAAAUUACAAGCCCUUUCUGCCCAUAUUGUGGAACAAACUUUCUUGGCUCCCUGAGUUCCCAUGUAGACUGUAUUUCCAGAAAGGCUAUUUUUUUACAUAAAUGAUCUCACAGAACUUAAGUGGGAUUUGGUUUAGAUACCAAAGACACUGCUAAUGUCAUUGCUUAUCCUUAAGUUUUCAGAACAGACAGAGGGAAUAGGAGCAAAAAGCCAAAAUUUGGAAAAGCUUUACUUUAUCUCUUUCCUUCCCCUUUCCCCUUUUCCCAGUCCCCUGCUUUGUGAAGGAAGUCUUCUUGGUUAUCCUGGCUUUGGAAAAGAGAUUUAUUUUGUUUUGCUCUGCUGGCUCUUUAAAGAUGGAUAGUUGCUCAGUGUAGCAGUGAUGUUCUUGGCAUUGCUGAGAAAUUUGGGGAGGGCAAAAGACAGGGGUAGGAUUUUUUCAUUACUUCCCUUUAUCUAAUACUUAAUAAAUAGAACCAAUACAGCCUAUAUGAGUUCAGACAAUAUUUAGAUUUGCUAUCUCCAUCUGUCUCCUGUAAAAGAUAAGAAUUUUCAAGAACAGGAUUAUGUGGAAAACCAACAGAUCUUUCCUUACUCUCUGUAAAUGUUUUGUUCCAGAAUGUUUUUAUAUAUGGGCUCUAGAGAGUCAAGUAGUUCAUUGUUUCAGUGUACUAUUGAUAGGACACAGAAAGGGGGAGAGGGUAAAGAAAUAGAUUGCUCUCUGAAUAUUGCAUUAAAAAUAAUCAGGUUGCAGAACUUCAUAAAAGCUUUACUCUAAUAAUCUUAUUGUUCUGACAUUAUGUAAAGGUGGUAUUAAUAUUGUAUGACUUUUCAAAGUGCUACAUAGAUUUAUAAGUAGGUAAUAGGGAUGUUGAAGGUUAGAGCACUUGAAACAGAAGUUCUGGGGAAACAAGUUGUAUGUAAUGGAACACUACUUUGAGCACAGAAUCAAAGGUCCCUUGGGUCUGGGAGGGAAGACGUGAUUUAUGAUUGUUUCUGUUUUCCUGAAUCUACCCACCCUGCACAGGGCUCCACCACCCAGUGCCACCUUCUGGUUUAAACCCAGGACAUUGUCAGAAAGUUAACACCCCAAAACUAAUUUACGUUAAAAAAUGUUAAGGUCUGCUGCAAAGUUUUCCCAUGUUUUCUUGGUUUACUUGUUCAUCAUUCUGUAAAUUAGCCACAGCCUCACAAGAGCAGCUUAAGGCUUCUUUCAUCAAUUGGCAGCAGCAUUGAGUUCUCAAACAUUAUAUCCCAAAGUCUGCAGGCAGACAGCUGGAUACAGUGCUGAGUUUCUUAAGAUUGGGAUCUCUUUCAAAUGAAAAAGGACAGAGCCAAGCAGAGAAAAGACUGUGCUCCCACCCAGCCUUAAUGAGUCUCAUGGUCUAAAACCAGGAAGAAAAGAAAUGCACUUUCAGAAGCUCAAAUGACGGUGUCUGCUACAAAAGCUGUAGUUGUAGGCAGUGAGGGGUUCCAUUCCUGCAUGAGUGUGCAGAAGGCACACACUUUCUAAGAGUAGAGUGGACUAGUGCCAGCCUGGAUGUGUUUAAAACUGCAAACAGUUGGCAAAAACAGGAUAGGUUGGUGCAGGGAGCAUAAUAACAUUGGCUUUUGACAACAGAAAUGGUGUAUCUUCCCUAAGGGCAGGCCAGGGAAAGAAAGAUUUCCAGCUUCUUACCUCUGCGUACAUGGGCACAUGUGCAUUGCUCAGUCCACAGGAGGUCUCACUCUGCAGGAAAAGCUCUCCUCCCACAUUAGUCUGUCCUUCCGUCCCCUCAUCUGUGGUCAUAGUGAAGGCUAGGUAAGUAAGCGUGGGCUUUUCCACCCACCGGAAGUCCAGGAGCUGUUGUAUACCUCAUUUCUAACUCGUGACCGAGUGACUUGCUUUGACUUUCUUGAAACCCUACAGAGUUGCCAAGUCUGCCCUCCCUCCUCUCAGUCAUGUUAAACUCUGGCCUAUAGCAUCAUGGGACCUGUAGCCUAGGGUGGGACCCCCCUGAAGCUUCUGAAUGUCGCUGCUUAAGAGCUACUGCAAACUGAGGGCAAAUUGCAAUCUUCUGUUCCUUUUUGUUGCAAGGGGUCUUCACAGGUCUCUUAACAUCCGCUUUCCCGGCCACCCUGCCUUUAGGGGCUGGCCAGCUAUCCACACCCCUACCCCACCCUGCGUUUCUGACAGCUGGCCACACGUCAACUUCCAUACUUGCCUUUUCCUUGGUGGGGUAGAGGCCAACCCCUUCUCCUCUGAGGCCUCAGGGUUCUGUUUCUUUUCAGGACUUUGGGUAGAAGGGAAGACACCAAAGGCUCCUUUAAACUGACUGCUGCAUACACAUUUCAUUUUUUUUCCUUUGACAUGACCAAAAAUAUCCAAAUAUUUAAGUUUAUUAUUAAUAUUAUUUGACAAUCUUGUAUCCAAUGGGCUCUCUAGAAGCUGCAUCCCCAGCCCUUUCACCUUUUCUUUGAAUGUAGUUCCCAACCUUCAAUUCCCACCCCUCAUGCUGACAAAAAGCUUAGCCAGGUCAUGAUACUGCUGCUAUAAGCCAGGGGAGGGUGGUUUCUUUGUUUUGUUUUGUUUUGUUUUGUUUUUAAAAUUUCCAGCCAAAACCAAAGAUUUCUUAAUGAUUGUAUAAACUCAAAACAAACAAAAGAACCAAAGAAAAGGGAAGUCUUCAGCAUCAGUCCAGUCUGUGGUGUCCUGGCAGUUGGAAGAGUGAGGCCAGGGAAGGUGGGCGCCCUCUGACCGGAUCAGAAAGGGCAGGCAAGCUGUUUUCCACCUUCCAGAGUCCUCACAGGUGCAUGCCCCUAGCUUUGGCCCUCGAAAACUUGUGAGCAUGCCCUGAAACAAAUUGGCAUUUCAAAUUUUCCAAAACAAAAGUCAAAAAAUCCCAUCACCACCAUCAUCCACCCUACACCAACGGGGUCACUAUGGGGACUUAACACAGGGCCUCAGGAGGGUGGGAACUGCUGGACUGGCCCGAGGACUCCACAGAGUGGGGGACGUUGAAGACACUGGUGCACGAUUGGCUGCUCUGCUGGGUGCUUUAACCUCUGGGGCUGGGCGAAUGCACGCCAAGGUGCCCUUCUGAGCCUUUUUUCUCUUUUCCUUUACUGGAACUGCUUGGAAGUGGCUGUCCUGUGAGAAAACAUGCAGAACGAUUAGCAAGCUUUUCAUUUCCCUUGUUUUGUUUCCUUUUUGCAGCACCACUGUGCAACUAUGCAUUGUACUUCACACCUUUUGUGCUAGGUAGAUGCCUGUGACUUUUUAAACUUGGGGGGAGGGGGGGUUGCAAAUGAAGGAACUUUUUACAUGGAUCUUUUUAAUCUCAGUUGAUUGGGGGAGGGGGGUACUUGGUUCUUGGGUCAUACAAGCUCUAUCCCAAAGCAAAAUCCAAAUGUUAAUAAUAUUAGCCUGAUGCAGAUACCAAAGAUAAUUUCUUUCCUGCAGAACCUUAGACUUGUGUAUUAAGUACGAUUACCCAGCACUUGCAUUAGUCUAACCUCAGUAAUUCCAAAGCUUAGAUGUAUAUUUUGGUAUAUUUCUGGGAUAUUAAAAAAAAAUGUCGUUUAACUUCUUGUUUCAGUGUAAUGCUCUUAAAGUCGUAGCAUGAAAAUAAUUGAACCUGUCCUAUUCUUAGUAGUUUGAAAUAGUAUUUUUGUAUGUUUUGGGUGUGUCUAUGUAUGUAUUAACAUAACAGUUUUCACUGCCUAGGUGUUCAUGAAAAAGAAAAUGAAACAGUUCUGAGUGUACAUAAUAUUCAGUAAUAAUCUCCCACCAGGUGUCAAUUUAGAUUGCAUAUUCCUCAUUACUGUUCGUUCCCAACGGGGAUUUUGUUUUCUUUUAAAGAGACAGUGAUCGUGUCUUUCUAAAGAUGUUUUGUUUUAAUAUCUUAACUUUUUCUUUUCUUCCUUUUUUGUCUUAAUUAUUAAUUCAGGGGUGUUUGUCCACUGUUGUCAAGGGAAGGGAACAAGGGGAAGUGGCCCCUUGGCCUCCGAGAACUUUUUGUUUUAUGUACUUUAAAAUGUGAGUUUGAGUUCUUCUUUGUGGAAACUUAAGAUGUGGUGUAAAUGAUUCUUUCCGAAAUUGUCCAGCAGCUUUAAUGAGGCAGUGACAAUUCUGAGGUGGUUUGUUGGGAGUCCUUCUACAUUUCUCUUAGAUAACUCUGCACUCUGGGUGGCUAUUGUGUAGCCAUACUGGCCCAGAGCGCCUGUUAGCCAAAUAUUUCCCCUCUGAUAGGAAUAUUUUCUAAGAAUCAGCUGAUAACUUGGUGUGCUGGACCUUGUUAUCUGUGCCCCUGGGAAACAUGUUUUCUUGGUUUUGAAAACCUGAAACACAGGCAACUUUACAUUUUGGGGAAUUAGCUGAUGCCUCCUGAGGCUUGAGGAGGUGGCGGGGAAUAUGAGCGGUGCUGUCUCUCUCAAAGUGCCCUUUAGAUGAUUCCCCUCCUAGGGCUGCCUGCAGGGGCUGUAGGCUUGGGAGAGAUUGUGUAGGUGACAGUGAAUCAGAAUGAAAUGGUAGAUUUUUGUGUAGAUGCAUUUGUCUGCUGUAAUUUUUUAUAUAUAUUAAACUUACUGUAACUGUACAGUUCCUUUCUGUUGUAAAACAUCAUUAAACCAUUUUCCAAGUGUUUUGA